UGACAAGUAGUGGAGAUCUUUGGAAAUGUGAUUACCCAAGCAAAUCGCAUUGUUUACAAAUGAGCAAUUACAUAUUUGUGUGAUAUUUGUAUGUCCUGUCAGGAAUCGUUGCACGCUAUGAUAGCUGUUUGUUCCGAAAGUAGCUGUAUACGGACUUACCCGACGUGUUUACUAAUACUAUGGUUGUAGAAUAUAUUGUCCAGUAUUUUGUGAUAAGAAAAUAAAUAGGUCAAGUUACAUAAUGUGUAUGUAGAUUAGUGUGUUGCAUGUUAUGCAACAACACAUGGUGUGUGUAAAUUUUAGCUGUUUGGAUGACACUGUUGUUUGGUGCGAAAAAUGGAUGCUACACAAGUGACGGGAACGAAUUUAGGAUACUUGUGGGCCAUUUCAAGUGGAAUUUUAUUCACUGUGAUCAAUUCUUGGGUACUUAACUCUUUGAUUCCUAAAAGCGCGGCACACACUGCUCCUCAAAAGUGGAAAUGGAAGAACACGGCCAAUUCUCUGUUGCAUUCUGUUAUAAGCGGUGCGUGGUCAUGCUUGUGCUUCUGGCAGUCUCCUGAAAUGAGGCAGGACCUUAUAUCUAAAUACACAGCAUCUGCCCAUGGAGUGAUUUCCUUUUCCACUGGUUAUUUCGCGUAUGACCUGAUAGACAUGAUACUGCAUCACAGAAAAAGAAGUAGCUAUGAACUCAUGAUCCAUCACAUCUUUGUGCUUCUAUGUUUUGGUCUAUCUGUGACAACACGAUUCUACCUGGGGUAUGGUCUGGUGGCUUUGUUAGUUGAAGUUAACAGCGUUUUCCUGCAUACAAGACAACUGAUGUUGAUACAAGGCAUUAAUAAACGUGAUUCCCUUUAUCGACUCAAUAGUACAUUGAACUUAGUGACGUUUAUAGUUUUCCGGAUAAUGACGUUGGGCUGGAUGACGAGAUGGUUGGUUCUCCAUCGAGAUGAACUCACUCUAACAGCUUUUUCAUUGGGCAGUAUAUCUAUGGCUGUCAUUAUGUUGAUGAACAUAAUACUUUUCUUGAGAGUGUUAAAUGCCGAUUAUCGACAAAGACCAGCCCGACAAACCAUUUUACAUGAAGAACCUGCAGACUGCAAAGGUCACACUAAAGUAAAAAGCUAAUUUAACGCAGACCAGUUAUUCAUUUAUGUUGUGUAACUAUUUUUGUAAUGUAUGUAUUAAUGACAUAUUUUGUACCGCUGUGUAUUGCAUACUUCUUAAGAAAAAACUAAUAUGCCAAGAAUUGGACUGUUAUUGUAUGAAACUGGAUAAUUAUUGCAAGAUGUUUCUGUCUAACUUAAGUAUUUUUAUAUGACUUUAUUUUUGUACCGAUGCUUAUAUAACUAUCAUUCCUAUUUAUAGAAUGACAUUUUGUUAUUUAAUUGUUGUUAUAAAGAUUGAAAUGAAGAGCAGAGACAAAAAUCAGAGUGUAAGUGGUAAUGGGAAUUUUAUAUGUAAUUCAUACAGUAUCCAUUUUGUUCUAAACUACUUAAGUGGUAAAAUCAUGUAUCUAAAUGUUUGUGUUCAUAUUUGUGAUGUAAUGGUGUACCUGUACCAAUCUACUACCAAAGUUACAGAAUUUCUGUGUGUGUUCAUCAUUUAAUAAAGAGUAGGAUUGUUUAAUCAUACAGUGAGGGCUUUCACAGCCGGUACUGGUGUCCUUGGUGAUUUUUGUUAGAGGACAUUAGGCUGUGGUCCAAGGCUUAUUUCUGUGUGUAAUGUUUUUUCUCCUAAUGCUGCCGAAAUCACUGCUGGCUAUAAUGACUUGGAAAGCAGUUGCUAGCUCAACAAACCAAACAUUAUCAGUUCACUGCCAAAGAUUACGGAGUCACACUAAUGUAUAUUAUGGAGCUUUUAGUGGGGAAAAGUUGGGCCUGUUUGCUAUAUUUCACACUAAGAUGCACUACUUGUCUAGUUUCAAUCCUUUCUUCAUUUCUGUUAAAGUUUUUUUCUUUUGCUUUUGAACUUCUAUGGCCCCUCUGUACUUCAUAGAAUAUUAGUGAUUGGGUCAUGAUAAAACCAAUUAUUAUUAUACUAGGAUGUACAGAGAGGCCACAAAUUCAAAAUCACAAAAACAACCUUGACAGCAAAGAAGGAUUAAAAUUGGCUUGAGUGCUAAAAAAAGCAAACAGGACGAACUCUUCAUCACUACUAGCUCAUAACACACGUUGGUGUGUUCUUUGGUGUAUUGACUCACAAAAUGGCCAUUGCAUGGAUACAUAUAAAGAGUUCUGAGCUCAUAGCUGCUUUCUGAAUAGUUACUGCCUCUGAUGAUGUCUCCAUCAUUGAAAGAUGAAAUGCUAGGCAGAUAAAUAUGUCUCCAACAACAAAAUUCAUCAAGUAGUAGUGUUUGUUACGUUUGUGUGAGUCAAAUUGUGUGCAGACUCACAGUAUUCCAAUUUAAGAUCAAGUAACUGGUGCUUUAGACCACUAGAUAUACUAUUUCAAAUAUGUGUACAAGGACUAAUGUUAUUUCAGUUUACAUUUGUGGUAAUGGCGCAUGAUACUUAAAUUCCAAAUAUUUCGUUACAACAUUUUUGUUGGAAUUAUAAAUUAUGGAACUACAUAAUUUAUGUGCUAAAAGGCACAUUUCUGCAAAUUAGAAGAUUCCUUAUUCGAUCAUCAUGGGUCCAUAAAAUGAAAGGUCUAGUUUUGUAAAGACAAUGACAACAGUUCAUGUAGCAUGCUUUUACUGUUUUGAGGUAACACAUAGUUCCUCAUUGUGAUUACCACAUGUAGUGAAAGUAAUGAAAUGUAUGUAAAUUUGAUUUACAAUAUUAUUUCCCAAGUCCUCAUUACACAUGAGAUUUUUCUAUAGUGUUUCAUCUUGAUUUGUGUUGCAGAUUUUUAGAAACUCACCAUAGAGCGUAGACCAUUAGAAUUUUGUGCAUUAUAUCAGCUAUGUACAAUAUACCAUCUGUACUCACAGGACACUGUAAAGUGAUUAUGGAAGAUAUUUUUAAUAUCACUGUUAUUAUUGAUGAUUUUAUUGCGAGUUCUCUUGUGACUCAUGUCUAACUAAUUUAACAUUAUCCUCUGUAUCCCCUGAGUUAUUUUCAAAAUUACCAUAGAGAACUGUUUCCUCAUGUUUUGUAAGUAGGUGUCACGAGAUGAAUGGCUUUUUGCUUUAAGUGUCCGUUAGUGUAUGUUUUCUCAAAAGGAUAAAUUGUGUAAAUUCAACAAAGUAAAUUUUGAGCAUGUAGUCCUUUAGUUUUGCAGUAUAUUCCACAGCUCCAGUCUUAUUAGGAGCUACAGCUUGAGUAAAGGACAAUAACAAGAAGCAUUAGUAUUUUGUUAGCGGUCUCCUGAUGUUUGACUCAAAGUUUCCUAGUAGCAUUGGUGUUGUAAAGUGGCUUUAUCUACUUUUAGUUUAUGAGAAGAGAUGUUCUAGAGUUUUCUUAUUAAUUCUAUGUUUGAAAGUUGUGACACAGUAGAGCCCAGUAAUUCAAAUUACAACAAACUCAGAUAAUAUGAAAAUAUCACUAAAUCAAUGGGAAAAAUCUACAUCUAAGUCAUACUCCGCAAGCCACCUAAUGGUGUGUGACUGAGGGUAUUUUCAGUACCACUAUCUGAUCCCUCCAACCCUGUUCCUCUCGUGAUUAGUGCAUGGGAAGAAUGAUUGUCGGUAAGCCUCUGUAUUGGCCCUAAUUUCUCGAAUUUUGUCUUCGUGGUGAAUACACAAGACAUAUGUGGCAGGAAGUAAUAUGUUGUCUGACUCCUGAAAAGUGCUGUCCAUAAAUUUCAGUAGUAAAUCUCUCCAUGAUGCACAAUGUCUCUCUUGUAAUGUCUGUCAGUGGAAUUUGUUUAGCAUCUCCAUAACGCUCUCUCGCCAGUUAAGCGCCCCCAUGAUGAAUCGUGCCACUCUUCGUUGGAUCUUCUCUAUCUCCUCUAUCAGUCCUACCUGAUAGGGAUCCCAGAUAGAUGAACAAUACUCAAGAAUCAGGUGAACAAGCGCCUUAUAAGACACUUCUUUCAUGGAUGAGUUACAUUUCCUUAAGAUUCUUCUGAUGAAUCUGAGUCUUGUGUCUGCUUUUCCCACUAUCUGUUUUAUAUGGUCAUUCCACUUAAGGUCGCUCUGGAUAGUUUCGCCUAGAUAUUUUACGGCAGAUGCUGUCUUCAGCUGUUUGUCAUCAGUAGUGUAGCUGUACAGUAGUGAAUUUCUUUUCCUAUGUAUGCGCAAUAUGUUACAUUUGUUUAUGUUCAGAAUCAACGGCCAGAGUCUGCACCAUUCAUCAAUUCUCUGCUGGUUGUUCUGCAAAUUCUUACUAUCUUCUGGCAUUGCUACUUUGGUAUAAACAACUGUGAAUAGCCUUUAAGAGCAUCCGACGCUUACUACUAGAUCAUUUAUAUAUGUAUUGUCAACAGCAAUGGUCCUACAACACUUCCCUUUCGUACUCCGGAUAUUACCUUUACAUCUGUCGAUUUAGUCCCGUUAAGAGCGAUAUGUUGAGUUCUGUCUGCAAGAAAGUCUUGAAUCCAAUUCCAGGUCUGCUCUGAUACUCCAUAAACAUGUAUUUUUUUCAUUGAAUGGCAGUGCGGGAUGGUGUCAAACACCUUACUGAAAUCAAGGAACAUGGCAUCAGCCUGAGCGCCUGUCCACUGUGCUGUGGAUCUCGUGGAGGAACAGAGCGAGCUGAGUUUUGCAGGAUCUCUGUUUGCUGAAUCCAUGUUGAUUUUUGUAGAGGAACUGUUCAUUUUCCAAGAACAUCAUAAUUCUUGAGCAUAAAACAUGUUCCAUAAUUUUACCAUCAUGAAUAAAUGUUUAAAGAGCACAAAAAUUAUUAAAAAAAUAAAUAAACAGUAUGGUAGCUAUGUAUUACAUACAUGAGCACACAUUUCCAAGCUGCAAAAGAAAUUGACCGUAGCCCUUUGUUUUAAAAUAGAAUCUUAUUUUUUAGCAACAGUGUUACGCCAUCUUCUAAGAACCAUGUCAGUUCGAGUAGCUUCUGCUUGCUGCCUGAUAUUAUGCAGUGCCAGAUCUAGCACUGGCAAAACCCUUGGUAUGAGUGAUCACUAGUACAACUUCUUCAGGCAAUUCCUCAUUGUCUCCAGUAGGUUCACUAACCAUUUCAGCAAUUGCAACAUUGGUCACUUCAGACUGUUCAUCCUUUCUAAAAUAUCACUUUUAUUCGCGUUUUCACAUACAGCAAGCUUUUUCAUCAGUUCUGGCAAUGGUAGGUCAUCUUCGUCUGUACUGUAGGUAUCCAUUUCAUUCUACAGAAUCUGGUUCCAAGACGUUUUUAGUGUGUCUGCCUUUAUCUCAGACCAUGAAUCGGCUAUCCAGUGAACUAUGUCUUUUUAUCGUAGUGCCUGAAUCAAAUGACGACGAUAACUUUUUUUCAAGCAUUGUAGAAUGCCUUGAUCCAUACACUGAAGUAAAGUCGUCAUAUUAGGGGUAAGAACAAUGUGCGAAUACUGCCAGUUGUACCUCAUCAGGGUGUGAACCAGCGUUGUCAAAUGUUAAGAUUGCUGCACAAGGCAAGCACUUUUUUGUUAGGUAUCUUUUAGUCACUGGAACAAAAUCAUCGAAAAACCACUUCUUAAAAAUAUUUUUGUCCAUCCAGGCAGCGUUUUGGUGGACAUAUGUUACAGACAAUGCGGAAGCUGUGAUAUUUUUAAAAGCUGUAGGUGAAGCAGACUUUCCUAUUACCAGCAGCUUCAAUUUAUGGUCUCCACUCGCUUUCAGUGCAGCGAGAACUGUUAACCUCUCUUUAAAUUUUUUGUUGCCAGGGCAGCCUCCUCCUCUUUUGAGCCUGGAGUUUUAGAUGGAAGCAUUUUAUAAUUUAACCCCAUUUUAUCAUAGCUAUGUAGUUGAUCAGGAGUAAGAUAUUCUUUCUGUAUAAUUUUUCUUAAUUUCUCACAAAAUUGUGUAACAGUUUGAGAAUCAACAAGUUUUUCACCGCAAAUUUCCAGCUACCUUAUGCCGUAUUACUUGUUCCACCUACCCAACCAUCCUGAAUGUGCAGUAAAAUCUUCCUCACCUUCCUUAAACUCAUUUCUAAAAAACAGCUUUUUGUUGCAGAAUAGGCCCUGGAAUUUGAUUUCCUUUUUGUCUUUGUUAAGUAAACCAAACGAGUAAAGCUUCACUGUGUUUACUUACUCAGAUUUUCUCAUCCAUUCAAAUGACAAAAUAGAACAGUUGUUUGGUGAAAACUUCUUAAUUUUGUCUCUUGUUUUUAUGCCAGUCACCGGCCGUUGUGACCGAGCGGUUCUGGGCACUUCAGCCCGGAACCGCGCUGCUGCUACGGUCGCAGGCUUGAAUCCUGCCUCAGGCAUGGAUGUGUGUGAUGCCCUUAUGUUAGUUAGGUUUAAGUAUUUCUAACCCUAGGGGAAUGAUGAUCUCAGAUGUUAAGUCCCGUAGUGCUCAGAGCCAUUUGAACCAUUUAUGCCAAUCUCGAACUGUCUCUUCACUGACUGUCUUUUUAAUCUUCCUCCUUUGUAUAGUUUGAAAAAAGCCUCCAGUUUCACAUUCAAUGGCACAGUUUUUCUCAUAUUCCUAUCACUCAUUGUAAUCUGUGAAUUAAAACAUUAAGAAACUCACAGUUACAUAUUUGCAGUACACUGUUCAUACAUACAACACCUUUAAACUAAUGUGACACAGGUGGGCUCACUACCGUACAGAUGUUACUACACAACCAACUACACUGUGCAUACACAUUGGUCAGCCAUUGGUGUAAAAUGUGUAAAGUAUUUUUUCUUAGGCAUAUUGUAUUUUAAUGACCACUGUUGCCAAGUAGGCCCAUGCACUGUACAACUGAUUGUCAGGUGGUCCCAGUUAUUGAAGAGCUGACAGAGAAAGAGCAAGCACACUCCUCGAAACCUGAUAGUACCUGUCCAUUUGUAAUAGAAUUGCAUUAGCAGCCUGAGGCCAAGAUUAUUUCUGUGCAUUAUGAACAAAUACUCUAACUUGUACAGUUUUACCUGUAUUGCACAUUGAAAAUCGAAAGUCUGUAAAAUGUACCUGUGGACAGCUCAUUGAAAUGGGUUUUUAAUUUACUUUUAUGUAAAAUUUUAUUUUUCUUAAAACCAGCUUGAAUUACACGGAACCUCGAAAUAUUGGGGCUUUACCGUACUGUCUGAGUAGAAUUGAUGUCCUCAUGAUGUACUGAUUUCAUAAGUUUAUUUUGAAAAUGAGCUUGUUCCCAUUAAGAUGAUAUGACAAUCACAGAUCAAGAUUAACAGAUGAAUUCUAUAGUCUUUUAGUCACAGAAAAAGUUUCCAGAGCAGUGCCACAUUGUGUUUUUGUUGGGUUAUAUUGUCAGUUUGUUGAAAAGGCACAUUGCUUAUGACUGCCUGUGUGUACCUGUCUAUGUCUUUCCAUUUUAACCUUCCUCAACCUAUCCCUCUCCCCUCCCUGAACAAGAAACUAUUAGUUCCAAAAGCUAGAUAUUGAGUCACUUUUACUGUUAUAUGAGCCAUUUGGCAGUAAUGCACCUUUUAUGUGUCCUGAAGGUAUGUACUGGCCAAUAAUCUUCUCUCAAAAUUUAUUGGGACCUCAGUUGAAUUGUCCUUUGAUACAAAUGUUCUAAGUACAUUGUCUGUAGUUCUUGGUUAAACUAAAUUAAGUAAAUUUAUUUUCUAGGUCUAUUGAUGUCAGGUUUUCACGUAUAAUUUUUAUGAUACCAUGUACUCUAAAGCUAUUUUAUGUAUUUUCUUGCUAAAUUCUAGCUUAGAUAUUAAGCUGUUUCAAGGUAUAGAAACAUAUACUAAAAACACCAACAAAUUAUUUCUCACUGCAGUCUUUCUCAGAAGGAACAAUUCAACAACAGUUCAACAUUUUAUAAAUCGGAGGGUCCAUACUCCUGCACCACAUACGUAGUUUGUAAGCAUUUGUGAUAAUACUAGUCUUGAUUUCAAAUUAAAUGAACCCUGGCAGUUCUGAUGUGCGAAUAUGAAAAAAAUUACUUUUUUGUUUAAUGUAAGCCCUUCAUUUCAUGUUAAUUAGGAAGUGAAAAUAUUUUUGUAUUCUAUGAUCAUGAGAAUAAUGUAUUUUAUUACAUGAGGCAUUUUCUCUUCAGAUCUUUACAUCACUACUGCCAAAUUAGAAGGUUUAAAGGGUAAGCUAUGGAUUACAUUCAGGGGAAGCUUUCUGACCAUUUAGUUUUAGCUGUUACAUCACUUCCCUAAUUGCUGAAGGUAAAUAUCGGGAUGAUUCCUUUGGAAAGAACAAAUCUUGUUUCUUUCCUAUCAUUGGUCAGUCCCAACAUGCGCCCUGUCUUUAAUUAUCCUAUUGUCAAUGGGACAUUAAAUCUUAAAUCCUUGUUUUAAAUCUUACUACAAGUGGUAACAUUGCACAUUGUCCCAUUUUGUGGUUUACAUGCCAAACAAUUCUGCAACAUGGAUAUACUCGAAUGUGCCACUUAAAUUGGCAUGAAUUUCUUAGCAGCACAAGCCACAAUUACAUCAUCUUGUAAGCAUAUUAUGAUAUAAUCAUUGCAUUGGUGUUGCAUGUGAUUAUUAUAUUACUCUGUAUUAGUUCAGUUUUUGUCUUCUAUUUUUCAUUGUUCACAUGUUCACAGAUGCUUUCUUUCUUAUGAAUUGUAUUAAGAAACUUACAAAUUGUUAAUAAAAUUAAGAUAUUUUGUGUCAAGCCUGUAUUGGUCAUAAAAUUUGGAUGCUGAAUGUUGCAGCUGAAAAUUCGGUGGAGAGAGCAGAAAUACUAGUGUGUUACGUUAAUAUCUCAUUCUGAAUAGAUACCAGCUGUCAUUCUUCUGAUAGUUAUAUGUAUUUUUACUGACCAUACUAUGUAGGCAGAUGACAUAGAAAUUAUUUAUUUAAUCAUACUUCAAGCUUCGCAAGUAAACAUUUUAAUAAUCAUAUGACAUUUGUCAAGAAAAGCUUGUCUACUUUUGUGAUAAACUAACAUGCACAAGAAACCAUCGUAUAAAUGUUAUGAGCAUCGUGUAACAUCUCAGGCUUCAUCUCUCUCAGGGUAUUUUGUUAAUGAGGGUAGCAGCAGUGUGUUACAAAUUGCUGUCUGAAAGUAGCACAUUCUGUUUAAAAGCAAGUAUUUUUAUAACUUUCUGACUUGGACAUGAGACAGCUGUUCCUGUGUAAAAAUUAACCUUUGAAUGUUUGAUCUCUAAUGCAAAAUAAGGAUGAAAAAUAUGAGGAUAGACAACUUGUAAUUCCGAGGAUGAAAAAUAUGAGGAUAGACAACUUGUAAUUCAGAGGAAGUAUUUAGCAAUGGAUAGGCAUACAGAAGUGUGAAUAGUUAUUGUAGCUCAGCUAUAUACUUCAUAACAGUGUAGUAUGCAUGUGCAUGUAAUCGUUCUUUCUGUGCUGUAUGGCAGCUAGGUGGACAUAAUUGCCACCUCCACCUCCCUAUCCCCAGCAUAAUGUUAAAUGCAAAGUACAGUAGAUAACUCAAUAAAAUAAUAUUGAGAAGAGUUCAAA